AUUAUAGCAAAAAUAUUUUUUAGAAAUAUAUCAAAAAGAAAUUUAACUGGUCGAAAAAGUCACAUGACAUCAUUUUCUGGACAAUUUACUAAUUUGCAGUUAUGUUAUCAUUCUGGGAACACAAAAAAGCUAUUGCAUUUCGCAAAUAUGUGUAAUCCAAUAUUUCUUUCCUUUCCAAAGAAAAUUUGGUCGACUUUUGCGCGUGAAGACUUUUAUUUUUGAUAACCCGGCUCCGACUGACUUGACAGUUCAAAGUUGUUUUGUUCAGGAAGGGUCGUUUACCCAUUUACUUUAUUAGUGUAUUUGUUAUGAUUUUGACGUUGUUUUGUUAUGAAACUUUUAUUGAGUUGCAUCAGUGCAUGGUAGAUACAUAUGCCUAUGACGAAAAGACGGAAAACUGAGCAGGGAGAGGGGAAUUCAAGUGAAAAAGAGAAGGAGAAAAAUCGGACAACAUCUGAUAAUAAAGAUGCCAUGAAAGAAGAUAAACAAAGCAAGGGAGACCAGAAAAGCGAUACGAAUGAUCGUAAACAUCCUCAAACAGGAGGUCAAGAUUCUUCUCAACAAGCACAAGAAACCCCACCAAAGGUCCCACGUAGUGGUGCUGUAACAAGGUCCAGAGUUGUCAGAAAGCCGAAAAGAGAUCUUAGUCCACCCCCAUCACCCACAAAGAAACCUGCUAAAGAGACAAAGACAAAUACUCCAGAGACAAAACAGAAACGUCAGUGGGAACUUUGGAGCGUUGAUGACAAGGAUGCUUUCUUUGACGGAUUAUUUGAGGUUGGAAAGGACUUUGACGGAAUUCAGACCUUGAUAGCACAGAAGAGCAAGAAGAAGGGAGUCACGCCAGCACUUAUUAAGAAUAAAGAUCAAGUUCGCCACUUUUAUUACAGAACUUGGCAUAAGAUAUCUAAGUUUAUCACAUUAACUCAAGAUGUCAAAAAAGAAUCUCAAGAAAUAUAUGGUUUGAUUAACUAUGGAGUUCUCAGGAAAAGGAUAAAAGGACUGAAUGAAAAAACAGGUGCCAAGUUAAAUGAUCUAGUACAUAAUGGAUUUACAACAGUGAAAAUUAGAGGCAAAAAUUUAAGAAUUAAGACACCAAUAUGCCUUGCACUGAAAAAGCUAAACAACAUUGACACAUCAGAACACAAAUGUAAUGCCGCAGACAGAAUUCCAAAUAAGAUCCAUGUGGAAAUGAAUCCAAAGACUAAUACCACGUGGAAUAUGAUACAGGAAAUGGCAUUUAAUCCACGUCUGAAGUUGAUGUUGAAACCCAAUAGAACAUUGUCGUCUGUCAUCACUUACCUGAGUCAAAAAUGGAAAUCUCAUAGAUUAAAACUUAAGGAGAAUGUUCCUGGUGCUGAGACAGAACCUGUCCCUGUACUUACUGUUUAUCCCCACCCUGACUGUGAUAUUACCCCACUGACCUUACAGGCUACUAAAGAACCAAAAAUCAACAUCACGUUCAGUGAUUACAGAGAAAAUAUGCAAUUAAUGAACUCUCCGGUAAUUUCAAAGGAUAAGAAAGGAGAUUGUACUAGUACUAAGACUUCAUCAACAAUUUUUAGUGAAAAUUCUCAUUCGGUAGAUUUUAUGGACCCUAAAAAUGGGAUGUUCGAAUCACCAAAAUCUAGAGGAACUGUGAAAGACAGUAAAACAGGAAUGACUCCUUCAUCAACAAUUUCUUGUAGUGUGUAUAGUAAUGAUGCAGCAUUUCUUAGUGAGGGGGAAAAUGCAAUGUUUCCAGACACACCUCUGUCUAGGAAUAAUUCAAAAAGUACUGAAAAUUUAACAGAGACUGACUCCACAGAUGGAACACCUCCAAGGAAGAAACAUUUGUCUGGGGGUGCUGAAUCAGAAGUUGUGAAAAGUAGUGACAAUGAGGACAAGUCUGAAAAAGAGGACCAAGAGUCCCUUAACGUUAAGGAAGCCUUUGAAAAAGGUUGGACUUCUGCUAGUGCUGAAAAUUUGACUAUUGCCCAGUUGUUUCUUAUGAUUGGCAAAGACAAUAAGAUUCGAUUAGAGUAUGAUUUUUGUAAAGAAAGUACAAUUGAAGACAUUGUUAAAACACAAUUGACGAAUACUCUAAGACGAUUGGUGCAUUUGGCUGUCAUGGAGAUAACUGAUGUAAAGGGCAGUUCAUCGUCCUCAUCUCCUUGCCAUACGUGUGGUGCUGUUAGGGCAAAAGCAACAAAAGGUUGUGGUGUCAAAGGUCAGAGGGCAGUUAGUAAAAACCCAUUGUCUUCUAGAUCUGGCUCUGGUGAUGGAAUGGUUGAUGCUGGGACGCAGACAACAUUAAAACUUGCAGAGCCAAUUAAUUCUAGUCAAGGAAAAGAGGCUGUGUUUAAGGUACCAGUAGCAGGGACAGCGUUUCUACAGAGAAAUACACUGCCACCUGGAUCUGUCCCGGCCAGUCGAUCACUUAAUCAAGCCUUUAAUGUAAUUGGACCUGGCUACAGAAGUGGAAGAAAGAUUCGACAGAUUAACAGAAAGCCAAUGGUUGUACAGAGAACAAUACUGCCUAAAGCACCAAAUUAUUUUCUUGUCCAACCUAACGGACAAAACUUAAAAACUGUGAUAAAUGUGCCAAACUCUAUACCUAUUUUAUCCAAUGUUAGUACUGCACCUCCUGCAUGUACGACAGUGAAAACUGUACAGUUGGAUGUUCAGUCCCAUUCCCAAACUCAACUUACUUUAAAUCCUAGUCAGUUAGAAGUACAGUCCCAGCUUACUCCUAGUCAGAUACAUGUACAGAACCAUGGGUCCAGUCAGUUAAAUGUACAAAGUCUUGGACCAGGUCAGCUUAAUGUACUUAAUCCUGGACCAGGGCAGGUUAAUAUAAGAAAUCCAGGACCAAAUCAACUGAGUGUACAGAGUCCAGGACCAUUACAGACUAUUAUGAUGGGCCCUGGACACUUACCGGUGAAAAUUAACCAUGUUAAUUCCACAGAGAUUACAGCAAAUUCUUUAGAGAUAACAGCUGGUACCACAGUAAACAUUUAUACAUCAGCAGCUACCAGUCACAAUGAUGUUAUAACCACAUCGUCAACCGUGCAGGGUUCUUUAUCACCGCCAAGUAUUUCAAAUCUGCUGGACAUGUCGUUCUCAGGUUUUGGGACACCAGGAAGUGAUGGUGAAAAAUUAUUUGAGAUGGCUUUAGAAAAUGGAUCUUCAUUUGAACCUAUGUUAGACGAAAGUGCAAAUAAAGAGACAGCAUCAGAUAGGACAUCUAAUAAAACUGAACCUGUUAAGGCUCUUUUUAGAAGUCCUGUGUGUACUUCAUCGUGGAUGAAUGGAGAGGUUGGUGAUAUUUCUUUUAUGUCUUUACUGAAUGAGACAGCCAAACCAGACCCUAUAGUAUCUACAGCAACCUUACAACCACAGACAUUUUUCUUUGAGAAUUCACGAGAUUCAUCAAUCAUGGGGAAGUUUGAUGUGGAUACAUUGAUGAAUGAAAGUAGUUUAGAUUUUGUUGCCAAGUUUGCUGACCUGCAAGCUUUAACACAAGAAGAUCCUAUGGCUGACCUUACCAACUCUAAGAAGACCAUCUCAAAUGGAUGACUUUGUUUUAUGCUGUUUUAUACAUUUUUAUCUUCUUUCUAUCCUCUUGAUACGAGACAUGUUUUAUACCCAGCCUCUGAAAGUGCUUCAUUAUUUAUUUAUUUUCUGUCUGAAGUAUUUUUAGUUUUAAUGCAUGAUGCUAAUGAAUACAGUUGACCUGAGAGUUGACCAAACAAUGGACCCAUAUUGUAGUUUAAGAUGGUGAAACUAAAACUAGGAACUCACCUUUUAACCAUAUGUUACGGUUGAUGUGAUUAUCUGAAAGGUUUUACAUAUGAGAUUUUUUCCAUUUUGAAAUAUGUUGCUAACUUAAAUAUUCUGAUCAAAAUUACUGAAAAGUGUGUGACUGUGUGAGGUGAUUGAAAAGAGUUCUAAAAUACAGUCAGUGGCCAAAAAUAUAAUAAAUGUUGAUUUUAAUUUUUACAUGCAGUAGAACUUGUAAAAGUAGAUAUAUAUUUGACUCAUAAAUGUAGGGUUGAAUAUAUGUCUUAUAAAUUUUUAAGUACAUUUCUGUCUUCAUCAAAGUUAUAUUUUAAAUACAGUCCCUGAUUUCCCAUAGUGCUUAUAAUAUAAGGAUGUUUAUUAGUUCAGAGCAAAUAUGAGUGGCAUUCUAUAUUGCAAGUUGCUCAAAGGAAAACAAUUACAACAGGUGUUCAGGCUUUCUACUCCACAAGGACCUUGAAUUAUUACAAAAUUUUAGUAUUUUGUUUUAAUUAAUGAUUUAAUUUAAGAUAGUUUAUGGUUGUGUUUAAAUCUUUAUUGUGAAAGCUUUUUGCUGACUUGUAAUUAAUUGAUUUAAGAAACAUGCAAAGUGUUUUGCUGGUAAAAGAGAAAGUCUUGUGAGGAAAAAAGAAUGUGUUCAUUUGAUAGAUUGCAUAAUCUGUGUUGAUUGUAUUAACAUAUAAUACCAGUGAAAAUUGUGUUUUCAACUUCAGCGUGAAUGUUACAAUUUUUAUUUAAAUUGAAUUACUAAACUUCAUAAGUAACUAGAGGUCUUGUUUUUGUUGGAUAAGAUUUGGCAGGUGAGACAGGGAAUUACUCAUCAAAUAUCAAUUUCUUUGCAUUGCAUAUGAUUGUAUGGUAUUUUUCAUGACAUUUUUGAAUUUCUUUCCAUGCUAGAUUCAUAAAACUAUAUUUGCAAAUUCAUGAAGUGUAAACUUCAAUUUACUGGUUUCCUUUGAAUUUCACCUUUAAUAGAUUCAGGGUCCAUUCACAUUUUAAAUAUAAGGCAGCAGACUUGAAGUCAAUGUGUCAAUUCAUUUCUUUGUCUUUUUUCUAACUUGACUUUUGAUCCAUACAUUAUUUAUAUCAUUUUGCUUUAAUUUGUUAAGAAAAUUUGUGAACAAAAGAACUGUUAAACAUUAAACUUUCAUUCCAGAUCAAAACAUUUUUAUUAUCUUGUUCACUUUCAUGUAUUUUCUAAAAAACAUAUUCAUAGAGCUGUGAAUACACCAAACUUUGUGUAAGCAAAUAAUCACACAGUUUAAAUCACCAUUCUAGAAACUUCAAAGAAUGAUUGUUGUUCACCUUUUAUUAUCAAAUAGUUUAAGGACAUUUUAAACAUUUCAAGAC